AUGGCUUCGAAUCUGCCGUGGCGAUCUCUAGCACUGCGUUGCCCACACCGUCCGUAUCGUCUUGCUCUCACCUUUCAACGUACGCUACAAACAAUAUCCCAAGAAUUUGCGGCCGCGCCUCCUAUUGACCUCAAGGCUCUUCCCCCAAUCGACCCUUCGAAAGCUCGUCUUGUUCCUGCUUCACCGGCUUACUUCAGUGCGCGCCCCGAAAGCGUUGACGAUUUCCUGCAAUUGCAGUCACUUGCACGCAGAGUCGACAAAUUACCUGUUGUCGCCCCGAAUCAUGCUCCAAGAGCAACAUGGCGUACAUUGACACAGUAUCGACUCUUGAUCGGAGAAAAUGUACCAGCAGCCAAAUACAACAAAGUCGUCGAAAUACUACAGCGACUGAAUCGGAUUCAUCCGACGUGCAUGCCUGCGGAGGUCAAGGAAACGUUGGACAUAUAUAGACAUGACGUUGAUCCCAACCAUAUUCAUCGUCGUCCGGCCAUUAUCGACGAAGAUGGCAAAACGUGCGCUGUCGGUAGAAGAAAAACUAGCAGCGCAAAAGUAUACCUUGUUCAGGGCGAGGGAAGGGUUUUGGUCAAUGGGAAGAAUCUGAAUGCAGCAUUCGGGCGUGUUCACGACCGGGAUAGCGCACUGUGGCCUCUGAAGGCCACAGGGAGGCUCAACAAAUACAAUGUUUGGGCACUGGUGAGUGGGGGUGGGAAAACGGGACAAGCAGAAGCGAUCACACUCGGCGUGGCAAAAGCACUGAUGGUGUUUGAGCCGGCCUUGAAACCGGCCCUGAGAAACGCUGGGGUGGUGACGCGAGAUCGAAGGAAGGUGGAGAGGAAAAAGCCUGGACAUGUGAAAGCUCGCAAGAUGCCAGCUUGGGUUAAACGCUAG